UUGGAUUACACUGCCCGAUGCUCAUACAACGCCCGACUGGAGUUGAGUGCCCCCAGCGGCGAGCAGCCGGUUGGGUGAUUCGGCUUUUUUGCCUCCGAGAUAAUCCAACUUAUCCUCCUCCCUCUAAUCCUUAUUUUUCUGCGUACACCAAAUCCUCGCUUUCUGGGCGAAUCCUUUGCGACCCGAGACACGAACUCGUCUCGCGUACGCGACCGACUUCCCAACGAUAUCGAACCGGUCGCUCGCUAUCACCCUCUGAGUCCGGCCGAGACUCCACGAAGCAGGGAAAAUCAUCCUGCGAACGACUUUGUAGUAUCAGUCACUCGUCACUCCGAUCACACCCUUUUCUCAAUCUCGUUUUACAAUAUCACGGCUACAAACCAUGGCCUCCAGAAUAAUCUUGGAAGUCAGGGCUGCGCCGGCAGAUCCUGCGGCUUGUUCCAAGGACAUUGUGCAGAAUGCGCACAAAACACCGGAAACGCGGAAAUCCGCUUACAUCGAGCGCCAAAUGGGGUCAUCAAUAACCUCUUCGACAUCUCGCCCCGCUCCCAACACUCAUCAAGCCAUUGUUCACGAAAUCAGCAUCAGUCCAACCCUAGUCACCCUUCCAGGGAUGAUUCUGACCCAAAAGAAGAGCCACCCACAAGAUGACAAGAAGCUGGGUGACGGGAAAGCCGGCAAACCUGACAAACCUGACAAACUCGAUGAACCCGAUUCAGCUGCGAUGUUCGACCGUGGUAAUAGCCCUCACGAGCCCUGCUUUCAAGGAGUGUCGGCUGCAACAGCCACCACGGCGACUCCCUACUCACUUGCCGCUUUCUCGGCCGACGCCAAUCGACGCAGUGUCACUUUGGCGUCACUCACGUCUUCAGAGAGUCAUCCAGCGCGGAACGAUAAGAGGCAUUCCACUUCGAAUACUGACAGGGAAGCCAAUCUCCUGGAACCAUGCUUGCAAGCCAUCACCCUAUCUCCGCGUUCAGGAGUCGAUUCUACAGUUGUCGCCCGGUCGGCUUUCACUUCACUAGAGACGAUCCAAGCGGCGCAAAACAAGGCCAAGACGCCCGACAAGGGUGACAAAGCUGCAGAAUCCGAUAGUGAGGACAACGAUGAUGUGGUUUCUCCAGAGUCACCUCGCGAUAUCCCUCAUGUUGCAGCAUCUCCAGCACGGCGCCAAAGGGCUGCCGGAUCCUCCACCGUCCCCACCGGCCAUCGACCUCUCCUUUGCCCCCGAAUGCGAAGGAAAAGCAGUCAUCGGACGGUUCAAAAGAAGAGCAAAGGCGGUAACCAGGCACAGCAAAGAUCUCGAGCCCGGCGAGUGCCACAGGCCAACAACCAGCUACAGCAACAAUCUCGAGCGCCGCGAGAGCCACAGACCAACGUAGCAGUACCUUCAGCUGCCUGCCAGCCCAGAAUCCCCCGGGUUGAUAUGGAAGGAGUACCUCAUGUUGUCGGCGGAUUGGUCGAGAGCUCUUUAGGUAUCGGCAGUCCUCUUUUUGCAAGACAAGUUGAAGGAGACCCCUUGGACCCUUACAACUCCGUCAAAGUCGACCGUCAUGAAUUUUUUCAUUUCCCACCACCCGACAUGGGGGAGCACAACCGCGAGUUUGAGAGGCAGCUGGAAGAGAGUCGUCCGGUCUAUGAGGGCUUUGGUUCGGACUUUAUCGAUGAACAACUAUCUAGCUAUGCCGCCCGAACUAAGGCAUUUGCUAAGGCAAUGGAGGAACGUCACGCUGACCUCGACCGUGCCAACGAUUCCUUGCUGUUUAACAAGGAGAAACUCGCUCACCUGAACCACGAACGCCAGCGGGCGAUUGCGAACAAGUUUUCCCGUGGGAAGGUAAUGACUCGAAAAGAACAGACAAAACUUUUCGCCAGGAUUGGGGAGGCGGAGGAGAUCCUGACACAAGAACAAGAUCUGGUGCACCAAGAGCUAGAUGAGGUCAUCAUGCGAUGCCGUGCUGAGAUCACGAGUGUGCUCCAUGAAGACCUCAGACCGCCCACCGUGAUCGAUCGAAAGCGAUCCCGAACGCACGAAAGGAAGACCGUUGAAGAGCAAGGCACAGAGUUGGCCAUCGCGGUGGCAAUGACCGGACUGCGAGGCACUCUAAAAGAACAAGACCAGUCGACUCAGGAGGCCAUCAUGCACAACGCCCAGCUUGUCGUCGAUCAGCAACUAAAGGCUUUCGAUCAGCAGGACGAUUGGCGCAAGUCAGCAGAGCCAACUCCCAUCCCUCCCACGUCAAAUGUCGAUGCCGUUGUUACUUCAGUGCCAGAGUGGUUCACCAUCAUGGAAGCCAAAAAGGCAGUCCCACUACGAGGUGCCACCCUGCUCGACAAGUUCAAGGACCUGCUUCUGCUCAUGGGAACCUCAGUUAAGAAUGCGAGGGCGGAGCAAUGGGGCGAGGGGUUUCGACCAAACAAGCACACGUGGAACAAGCAACACCACCAGCCCAACGGUGCCUGGCCUAAUACGAUACAACGCAUUCGUGGAGGUUGGUGGCAUUGCCGUAACGGUCCCGACGCAUCCGCCCCCGAGCGCAACUGCGAGCUUUGCCACCGAGAGGUUCCCGUUCCGCGCGUGGAAGAUCAAGGCCCGUCUGAGAAACAGAGGUAUCAGCGCCUCCUUGAAAACAUCGAGGCGGCCCAAGCUGAGGCGAACAAGAAGGACCGCCUAUCUCUCAAACAUCAGCUGCAGCAAGAGCGCGAAGAUAUCAACCAGUACUGGCAGCAACGCGAGUGGCGCCGCUCGGGCGGUGGCGUCGAUGUCAGUGAGGUGCUGCACGGCAGGGAUGUUAACGAUCUGAACUACCGGUCCUCGACUGAGCCGCAGUCGUGGCGACACCCGCCGCCGUUGUUCUGGUCUCCCGAGCACCAUGGCGAACAGGCCAUCAAGGAAACAUUAGCCUCUCCGACUACACCCUUGCCGAUCCCGCAGCGCUUGUGUGGUUCCGGCAAGAAGGUCAGCCCCGGCAGUCGCUCGGCCGGGGAUCCCUCCACGCCGCCGCGACACUUGGGCCGCUCGCCACGUUUUUAUGAGCUGCCACCUAGUGGACAACUGAACGGAGACCUAGGUUCACCUGGCAUCAACCUAUCCCAACCAGCGCGACCUCUGCAUGGCUCGACCAUGUUCCACGAGUUGUUGUCCGGUAGGAAGAUCAAGGAGGACAUCAAAACUCGCACAACACCGACUCCAGGGCUGCACCGCCACAACUCGUCUCAAGUACACGACAUUCUCCAUGACAGACACGGUGACAAUGAUCCUCCGUCGCCCACCCAGGACGGCCCAUCGCAACUUCGCUCGUCAAUGUCGCGUCCGGGCCAAUGUAACAAACAGAAGACGGUCUCUUGGCAGAUUUGAGUUGCUUUCUUUUUCCCUCCACGGCAGCCCCAGCGAUGGUAUCCUCGGUGCUGCGUCACAUCAACCCUGUUUGUCUCCUUUUGUUGCCCACAUAUAUAUAUAGUUUAAGUUGUCUAAGAAGGUCCGAUCUCCACGACCUUCCCUGUA